UUGUGCGCAUGUGCCGGAGGCUGAGGGGGCUUUCGGGGGCGCGCGGGCGGGCGGGGGGCCCAGCGGUGGACACGGACACGGGCACGGGCGUGGGCCCCGACACCGAGUCGGGCGCGGGCUCAGAGGGAAGUGGGCGGACGGACAGACGUGCCCGCGGCUUCGGCUGCUGCAGCGGCCCGAUGGAGGUCACGCCCCCCCUGCUGCCCCCCCAGGGGGCCCCCGUGAAGCAGGAAGCCCGUGCCGCUGAGGCCUUGGCCCCCGACUCCCCGUGGUGCCGCUUUCGCCACUUCCACCUGGGGGAUGCCCCCGGCCCCCGAGAAGCCCUGGGCCUGCUGCGGGCCCUGUGCCGGGACUGGCUGCGCCCCGAGAUCCACACCAAGGAGCAGAUGCUGGAGCUGCUGGUGCUCGAGCAGUUCCUGAGCGCCCUGCCCGCCGAGAUCCAGGCCUGGGUUCGGGGCCGCAGGCCCGAGACUGGCGAGGAGGCGGUCAGCUUGCUGGAGGAGCUGUGGGGGCCAGUAACGUCCCAGGAUCGGCCCCAGGAGCUCAGAGGACAGCGAGAGAUGACGGGUGCCGCUGGAAUCCCCACUGGGAAAGAAGAUGGUGGGAUGAUGUCACUAGGAGGGGAGCCGCCUUCUGGGGCCAUGAGUGUGAACGCCGUCCCGGCCCCUGGAGCCUCCUCAGAGCUGCCUCGCCCCUACAAGCAGGAGCCUGGCAGCCCCCCGCCCCUGCCGUCGCUGCCCUCCUGCCUGCCCUGCUUCCUGGGCCCGGCAGCGACCGUGGUGGCCACACCCGCCUCCUGCCUCGAGUGUGGCAAGGCUUUCCUCAAGCCUGCCCACUUGCUGAGACACCGGCAAAGCCACUCUGGUGAGAAGCCCCAUGCAUGCCCAGAGUGUGGAAAGGCCUUCCGCCGUAAGGAGCACCUGAGACGGCACCGGGGCACCCACCCGGGCCCGCCCCCAGGGACUGGACCCACGCCCCCCCUGGGGCUGUGUACUGGACCCCGCCCGGCCCGAGAGAAGCCACAUGCCUGCCGCGACUGUGGCAAGACCUUCUACUGGCGGGAGCACCUGGUGAGGCACCACAAGACGCACUCUGGGGCACGGCCCUAUGCUUGCUGGCAGUGCGGCAAGGGCUUUGGGCGGCGAGAGCAUGUGCUGCGCCACCAGCGCACCCACGGGCGGCCCCCGGCCCCCUCUGGCCCGGGCGCGGCUGGGGGCGGGCCCUUUGCUCCGUGGCCUGUGGGAUAGGGCACCUGCUGCCCGCCUGGCCAUGGGCCACUGCCGGCCACUCCCUUCUCCUCCAACACCCCAGCCCAUCCCCCAGAUGGAGCCCACUCUCAGGAGGCAAGGAGAGAGCCCCAGAUGUUUGGGCUGACAAGGAGGGGGUGGGAGAAAGGGCCUGAGAAGAGAAGGCUGAGGCACAGGGACCCUGCUGGUGGAGGCCAGAGGCCCAGAGCUGGACUUGGCUGUGCCCGGGAGGUCGGGCCAGGACAGGAGGCAGUCACCCUUGGCCUUUCCUCACAAGCUGUGAGCGGACACCUGCCCCCUACCCCGCCCCCAAAUAGGAUUUGAAGCCAAGAACACAAUAAAAUCAUUGAAGCUGUGU